AUGGUUUCCAAGGCAACAGCGCGGGCACACGGACAGCGCUUGCGCAGCUUCUCGCCCCGCCCCGGCUCGGACGGCAAGGGGCGGAGUCAAUGCAGCCUGCCUCCGCGACCGCAGCUCGUUCCGCGCGCCCCUGUCGGGCGUCGGCGCUCCGGCGUCCUGGCUGCCGACGCUGUGGCCUGGCUGCUCCUCUGGGCGGCUGGGCUGGUCAGCAGGCUCGCCGCGGACAUCAGCGACGCCCCCUUCAGCUCUGGUACAAGGGCCACUUGUUCUGAAAUCAUUUUGAGGCAAGAAUUCUUGAAAGAUGGUUUCCACAGAGACCUUUUAAUAAAAGUGAAAUUUGGAGAAAGCAUUGAGGACUUACAGACUUGCCGGCUCUUAAUUAAACAUCACAUCCCAGCAGGACUUUUUGUGGAUCCAUAUGAGUUGGCUUCAUUACGAGAGAGAAACGUAACAGAGGCAGUGAUGCUAUCAGAAAGUUUUAAUAUAGAAGCUCCCAACUAUUUGUCCAAAGAAUCUGACAUCCUCAUUUAUGCACGACAAGACGCACAGUGCAUCGAUUGUUUCCAGGCCUCUUUGCCUGUGCACUAUCGCUAUCACCGGCCACAUAGGAAGGAUGGAGACACCCUGAUUGUCAUCAACAACCCGGACUUACUGAUGUACUGUGACCAAGAGUUCCCUGUUUUGAAAUGCUGGGGUCAGGCAGAAGUAGCAGCUCCUUGUGCUUUGAAGAGUAAAGAGAUGUGCCGGUGGAGGAGCAUGCAGUAUAAAUCAAUACGUAAGAACUUGACCCUACAAGUUCCAGUGGGACUGACGAUUCAUACCUCUUUAGUGUGUUCUGUGACUCUGCUCAUUACCAUCCUGUGCUCUUCUUUGAUCCUUGUAGCCGUUUUCAAAUACGGCCAUUUUUCCCUGUGAGUUUUAUACAGCUAUGUUUUCUAUGAACCUAAUAAAUGGGACCGAUUCAUUUGUGACAA